AUGCGAUUGAUCUUUGUUCCCAAACAUCAAAGGCUGGUGAAUCAAUGCUACCCGACUGGUAGAACACCAGACAAGAAGCCUAAGUCAUCUGAGACCUCCUAUUUGCUUUAUUAUGUCAAUUCCAGGCGUAGUAAGUUACAAAAAGUUAGUUCUUAUUUAUUGAAGAGAUCUCGUUCUGAUAUCAGUAGGAGAAAGAUUGGUAACAUAUCAGUCACCUUAGAUUUAAUGAAUAAAAUUAUAAACAGUUGCAAAGAGAAUUUAAACGUCUUCAUUAACGAUUUCUUCAAUAUAAUGAUUAAUGUUUUGUCAAACAAUAAUUUUAACAAUGAUUCUAGCAUUGUGGAGUUGCUAGAGGCAUGUUUUGGAAGCAUCUGUUCCAACGUUGAUGCGACCUUAUUAAAUAGUGAUCCUGCAUUUGUGAAAUAUUACUCGAGUUUUAUCGAGUUAUUCUUCAACAUCGUUGAUAACAAAAUCCAUAAUGACGAUCUUCUUGUGGAACUUUGCAUGGAUAUUUCAGUGACGACAAAUUUGGCAAGUAACCCCAAAUUAAACCAUUUCAUAAAUAAAGCUGUCACGUUUACAAUUGUGAAAUUCCAAGAGAGAAAUCCCCGGUAUAAAGCAUAUUCACUAGAGCCUCAGAUUAAAUCCACUCUCACUAGAAGACUUAGUAGAACUCAGACACGUAUGAUUGGGUUGGAUAAUGCCAUGGAUAUUAUUGAGUCUGAUAGUACUGUCAAAGUAUUACAGUCAUUUUUUAAUACCACAGAGACAGAUAAAUUGAAUUUAUCGCUCAGAUCUUUAUUGGCAUGUCAACAGAAAACUCCAAAUAAAGAGCUUCUGGAAUUUGUUUGCAAUGGCAUACCGGUGCAAUUGAGAUAUAUCGUUAUUUUGCUUCUUAUCCGUCAAUUGAAAGAGACUGCAACCAAAACAGAGCAUGACAUAAUUGAUCCAAUUAUUUCGUUGAAGCUAAUCUCGUCAUUAUUAGAAUCUGACGUGAGUCUUGUUGGUCUAAGUGUGCUAGAUAUAAUGAAAAAACUAUUGAACUUCCAACUGGAAAAUUUCCGUAAUGUUGACAUCGUCUAUGAAUGUCGCGUAGCAAUAAGGAAUUUAAGCCACAAGAAUUAUUACAAAGGUCAAACUUCUGACAUUUUAUAUGAGCUAUUAGUCGGAUUAAAAAGUUUCGAAAUUGCGGGGCAAAAACAUAUGGAAGGUAGAGAGGAUGAGAAUCAAGUCAAACUUCAAAUUUUAUCAACAGAUAUCAACGAGAUUAUCAAGUUUAAGAGCGAGCCUUCUAUAGAUUUGGAGUUAUUCAUUGAAAUGUGUCCAUUUUUGAAGGAAAAUGUCAUUGCUUUGUUCAAUAUUGUCGAUAAUCAAUCUCCUGGACCAUUUAUAAUCACAAAAUUAUUUUCUUCCAUAUCACAGAUAGAAUCAGAGACUCUCCAGAAAAAUUUGAUGGACAAAGUCUUUGAAAAAUAUGGAAAAUAUGCAUUAUUAUCGGGUUUAAAUUACUUUUUGGAAACCUCAAAGGUGCCUUCUUACGUUUACUAUUUAUAUCACAUGGAAUCCGCUAAAUUUUUGAAUUUAAAUGACUAUGCAUCACAAACACAAUAUAAACGUGAAGCUGGUGCUCUUUUUACAAAGGAUGAUCUUUUAAACUAUUACUCAGAUCCGGGGUCUAACAAAUAUAGUAAAAAAGGUGCUGAUGUUUUGCUUUCUAGAAAAGACUUGGGGUCUACCACAGAUUUGAUAUCUGAUUCUCAGCUUCGCUCCACCUCUUAUGAUGCUAACAGUGCAACCACGGUAUCGAAUAGUUUCAAUGGUGACGCAUUAAAUAUAAACAAGAAUCAUCAAGUUCCGGAGUUACCGAGAAAUAAAGGUAGCAUUUAUCGUUUUGUAUCAGACGAUAUUAGAUCAUUCAAUACUAUGAGAACAACUACACCAAAAAUAACUGAUCUGAAAAACGCAAUUGCUGGAAAGUCCCGUGGGAAUAAAAGCAAGUCAAAUUCACGAUCUCUACGUGGUUCGCAAUCAGUAAAAUCCAGAGUUACAGAUAUAACAUUUCUAUUGAGUGAACUUAAGAGCACUCAUCUUGAUGAAGAAGUAGGUAAAAUACGCGAUCCUGAUGAGGAGGACAUUGUUGGAUUGGAUAAGAUUGAUGUUGCAAGAUCGCAGUCUACAAAAAUAAAAGCAAGAAAAGGUCAGAGAGCAUCAUUGGCAGCUAACGACCUGAUUGAAUUGUAUGAAGGAGAAGAAGAUAACUUUGAAGAUGCCACUCAAGAUAUUGAAGUCAUGCCUUCUAGAGGGAAGAUUUUUUCAUCAACUUGA